AUGUUUGCUCGCGCGACGGUCUGCAACCUCUUUGCCGUUGCUAAAAUCUUUUACGUGCUUCAAGCAUUGUGCAUGUCAAGGGCCAACAUACAGCGAUUACACAGAGUACUCGCAGUGUUUGUAUGGGGUUCAAGCUGGGAGCGCACCAGUCGCGCCAAUCUGUUUCGUUCCGUUAAAAGUGGAGGACUAGGUCUUGCGCAUUUGUUCAUAAGGCAGAUUGUGUCGAGGUUUGUUUACUUACGGGACCAAAAGGACCCGUUUUUGUUAACUAUGUUUCAAGUAAGGCUGAGUGAAGCUAUACCAGAAUUCAUCGUUUCGUCUCGCCGGUGCAGUCAAUAUAGAUUGCGCGGUUUUCUAAAGGAAGUCGUCUGGGCUUUCCAGCUUUUGAAGGUUCGGUUUUCUAUGGAAUACCUAAGUCGGGCACCACGAAAGCGCUUAUAUAAGGACCUGAUAGAGGCAAUGUUGCCUGUACCAUUGUAUCGCUCGAUGUUCCGCAUUGGACCGGAAAAGAACGUGCUAAAGAGAGUAAAACGAAUGCCAGUACGUCCAUCGGCGAAGUCCUUCUUUUUUCAGCUCCACACCAAUACUUUACCUAUUAAACCAUGGCUUGAGGAGAAAGGACUUUUUGUGCCUUGGAGCGUCAAUUGUUUAAUAUGCCGGAAACCCGAAACAGUUGAACACAUCUUUCUCGACUGUUGGGAUGCGGUAUUCCACUGGGAUGUCUUACAGAGAACCUUAAAGAAGGACUUACCGAUUACGCCAUACGGGAUUCGUUUCUUGCCUACUCUAAAUGAAGACACUGUACCAUAUGACAUGUUCAUGCUGUUGUCCUUGCAUAGUCUAUGGAAAUGUAGAAUGGCCGUGAGACAUGCCGAACCAAACCUCCGGCCUGUUAGAGAGUACUUCAUCGAAAGCAUUUGUUAUAUUAAAGAAUUGUACAGUUUGCAAAAAGAACAACCAACAUGGCUCAGUGUGAUGACUGAGCUUGCGAACCUCAAGCGUUUUUAGCCCCCGUGUCAGCCAACCAAUGGCAGACACUUUUAUCGUGACCCUCAUGUAUUGUUAAAAUGUCUUGUGUUGUAUGUUGCCAAGUCGGUAAUAAAGAGAAAAAAAAAGUCAGGAUGGCCGAGUGGUCUAAGGCGCCAGAC